AUAGAUUGAUAAGCGAAAUUCGACUUAAAUGAACUUCAGCGAAAUGAUGUGUUGUUAGUAUUUGAUAAUAAGUCGUGCAAGUUGAAUAAACGAAAUUUAGCACACGCGUCAGCACAAAAGCGACGAAAUAAAGACGAAUAAUAAAACAUAAUUUCAAAUUUAUAAAAAAAAGUUUCUUUUAAUAUAUUUUAGUUAAAGAAAAGUUGCAGUAUAACACGGCAAAAUGUCAUUACUGACGGGUAGCGCGAAUACUAUCAAGUAUGUGCUCUUUGCAUUCAAUUUGAUAUUUAUGAUCACUGGCAUCAUAUUGAUUGCUGUCGGUAUUGGUGUAGCGGCCGUUUUCAAUGGUUAUGCCACAGUGCUUGCCACUAAUUUCUUCUCAAUACCGACUUUCCUGAUCGUCAUUGGCGUCUUCGUCAUAUUCAUUUCAUUCUUCGGCUGUUGGGGUGCACUUAAAGAGAACUAUCUCCUAACGCUGAUAUUCGCCAUUUUGCUCGGCUUCAUCUUCAUACUUGAAUUGGCAGCGGGCAUUAGUGGUUAUGUCUUGCGUUCCGAUGCGGAAACCCUAAUCAAAAAUAGUCUAGAUGGUGCACUUCAAGAAUAUAAUUCAACAAAUGAGAAUAAUCCUUACACAAUUAUUUGGGAUUAUGUGCAAACUAAUUUCGAUUGCUGUGGUGUGGAGAGCUACAAGGACUGGACGCAAUUCGAUGGCAAUUUGCCGCUUUCAUGCUGUGACAUUCCCGUUGGCACCGUUGGCUCAUACAAUUGUUCUAACGCCGCGGAAAACACCAGGCGUCAUGAGAAUGGUUGCUUGUCGACAUUUUCGAAUUUCAUAGAAGCGCAUGCCGUUAGCUUGGGCGCUUGUGGCAUUGUGUUGGCCAUCAUUCAGUUCUUCGGCGUCUUGUUCGCUUGCUAUAUCGCACGCGAGAUAAAAAUCCGUAAUGGCAUAACCGGUAUCUUGGGAUGAAUUCGUCAAAUCGACAGCUGCAUAGUGUUAAUCCACUACGCUAAGUGUUAAAAUAGUGAUGUCUUACCUAAACUAAUUUUGUUUAUAAAUUAACCAUUUCAUAUACGCAUAUACUAUAUAGCGCUUAUGUAUUUAAGUAAACUUGCAUUUUGCUUUGCCUUAAGUUGUUGGCUAAAGAAAUGUAU